CCUCCCCCUCCGCCGCCGCCGGGGCCGCCUCCCGCGGGUGCGCAUCUGCUCCGCCUCGCUCUCCCGGGAGAUCCGCGGACACACCUCCCGCUGGGACCGUGCCGAGCCGGGCUGAGCCGAGCCGGGCCGGGCCAUGGCCCCGCCGGGUCCCGGGGCGCUGCGCUGCGCGCUCCUGUGCGCGCUCCUGUGCGCGCACGGACCCGCUCCCACCCGCGCAGGAGMGUGCGGCAAGCUGAGAUCCUGUGAGAUGUGCACGGCCAGAGCCCACUCCCACAACGGCACCGAGUGCGUCUGGGUGGGCUGCGGGACCCCCAAGGAGCGAGAGGCAGGGAGCUGCGUGCAGAGAGGGGCAGCGGUGCGGGAGACCUGUGCGCUCUACAACAGCAGCACCCUGUGCCCAGGUAACCCCAAACACCCCAAUAACAGCACCCUGUGCCCAGGUAACCCCAAACACCCCAACAACAGCACCCUGUGCCCAGGGACCACCACCACCAUGGCCCCGCUGACGGGCAGCCCCGAGUUCCGCCCUCCUGGCUUUGACACGGCCAGUUUCAUCGGGGGCAUCGUGCUGGUGCUCUGCGUCCAGGCCGUCGCCUUCUUCAUCAUCAAAUUCAUCAAGUCCAAGGACAGCACCUACCAAACGCUGUAA